UAUGGGGGCCUGGAGUCGCUGAGGAGGAGAGAGGCCGCCGCGGCGACGACGAAGACAGCCGCGGGAGCGGGCCGGCUGGGAGGAUGGGCUCGCAGGUGCUGCAGAUCCUCCGCCAGGGAGUCUGGGCCUCGCUGACGGGCGGCUGGUACUUCGACCCGCACCAGAGCAAGUUCUCCAACUGCUUCCACCUCUACGUCUGGCUCUUCCUGCUCUGCCUGCCCUUCCUGCUCUUCAUGGCUUUACCGCCCAGCACCUCCGUUGCCGGCAUCUACUGUGCUGUCGUCGCCCUGUUCUUCACCACGGUCAAGUCGGUCAACUACCGCCUGCACGCCAUGUUCGACGAGGGGGAGAUCGUGGAGCAGAGGAACCCCUCGCUGGCCGUGGAGGGCAGCAAGCUGGAGGAGUCCGAGCUGGGGGCCAGCGGCGAGGAGAGCAGCGGUAUCAGGGACCCGGGAGGAGGAGUGGAGAUGACGGUUUUUCGAAAGGCGAACACCACUCCGCCCGUGCGAUGCAGCUCGCAGCAUUCUGUCUUCGGGUUCAACCAAGUCUCGGAACUGCUGACCCACCUGGAGGACCAUGGUGCUUCUAAAGGUAUCAGAGAUCUGGUCCGCGAACAGGGCAGCAAAAACGUCAUUGUCACUUCGGCCGACAGGGAGUUACUGAAGCUGAACGCGGUGGACGCGGCAGACGCGCAGACGACCAAGGAGUGCCUGAUGCUGCCCGAGGCCUGCCAGCUGGACACGUGCCCUGUGGCCAAAAGGCUGCCGCCACUACCCACCCAGACGGUGCUGCCUUUCCGCGCCGGACUGGAGCCUGCCCCGUCGCCCCCGCCACCUCUGACCCCAGCGCCGGCCGGCCCCCCCCAGCGGCCGGCCACCCAGCCGUGCGGCCUCCCCACUCUGCCCUUUGGACUGCUCGACCAGCUGGGGGGCUGGCGCCCCGGCGAGCCCCAGAGCCUGUGCGAGGCCCUGCUGGGCCCUCUGCUGCAGCGGCGGCUCGGGGGCGAGGACGACGAGACAGGAGAGGGCGGCCCGGAGACCCAGAGCCCCGCCAAGGCGGCGGGCUCCACCGACAGCUGCCUCAGCGCCGCCGGCCGGGAGUCGCCCGGCACCGUCAGCGGCAGCUACCGCAGCGAGAAGACCGGCUCCACUCGCCUGGAGAGCCCCUCCCCGGCGGCGCCCGGGCCCGAGGGGGCUGGCGGGGGAGAGGCCGGUGCGCCCCGGGUCCUGGCCGGGAAGGUGGGAAGUGACACUGACCUGUCUGACAGCGAGCUGGCCCCCACGCCCGAUCCCGGAGAGACCACCAUCGCCGCCUUGCCCUUCCCUGGGACACUGGACCCUCUCACCACCUGGCUGGAGGGCAGGCUGUCCCCGUCACUCCCCCUGCAGGACGCCGAGCAGUCAGUGAGGCCCAAGGACCUGCGGCUCGUGAGGCGGCGGGGCCCGGCCGGGAAGAAGCCCAGCGGCAGGAGGAGGAGGGGCAGGGUCGGGGUGUUUGAGCGCGGCCCCCCGCCCCGCUCUUUCGCCGGGGGCUCCUCGGAGGACGAGGACUCGAGUGAGCCCAGCGACGCCUCCAGCCUGCGCUCCCAACCCCGCUACAGCAGCUCGUCCAGCUCCUCCAGCGCCACCUCCCCUUCUUGCUCCCCACCCACCGCUGGCACCGCCGCCCGCCGCAGGAGCCGGCGCCCGGAGCGUGAGCCCACCCCUAUGCCCUCGCCGCUGGCCCGCACCUCCGGGGCGAACCUCGGCGGGGCGGGGGGAGGAGGAGGAGGAGGGGCUGUUGAGCAGCAGUCCGGCAGCGCCCGCGCCCUGACCGCCUCCAAGUCGGACCUGGAGGCGCGGGAGGGCGAGCCGAGAGGUCGAGAGCGCCUCGCCCAGCGGCUGGAGUCCGUCGGCAGCUCCUGGGGACACUCGGUCAGCCCGGCCAGCUGGGCGGCCGCCCUCACCAGCGAGGGGGCCGUUGGAGGAGCCCCCGUGCCCGACGACGUGGGAAAGAGGGAGCUCAGCAGCAGCGUCAAACGGACGCAGGCGAUGAGGCGGCGGCACAAUGCUGGCAGCAACCCCACGCCUCCACCGUCCAUCAUGGGCUCCCCGCCGAGCCUGCAGGACAUCCAGCGGAACCGCGCAGCCUCCCAGUCCCGCACCCACGGGCUUCCGGCAGCCCUGCAUUUUGCCAGCUCACUGCUGUUACCACGAGGCCCCGUGCACGAGGCUUCCAACUUCGACGACACCUCUGAGGGGGCUAUCCACUACUUCUACGACGAAGCUGGUGUCCGCAGGUCCUACACGUUUGGCCCGACAGGAGGAGGCUACGAGAAUCCAGUGGGGCAGCAAGUGAGCCUGGAGCACGUCAAUAACAAUGCAUGGGAUCACCACUCACACUCUUCCAGCUUCACCUCGGCCGACGCGCCGGAAGGGAUGCCAGCACUGCCCCUCCUCCAGCCCCGGCCGGUCGUGCUCCAGGGAAUGCAAGUCCGCAGGGUCCCGAUGGAAAUUCCUGAGUUAGAUUUUCUGGACCAGGAAUCGCUGCACGAGUCCCAGGAGAACACGCUGAUGAUCGAGGAGAAGACCAGGAACAAGCAGUAUUACAAGUUCUGGCUGCUGCCCUGGAAAUGGACGCGGAUUCGCUACGAUCGAUUGGCUUUGCUGGCCUUGCUGGACAGAAACCGGCAGGCCUUUGAGAACGUGGUGGCUGUCGGCCUGGCGGCGCUGGUCGCUUUCCUGGGCUUCAUGCUGCUUCUCGAAGGCUUCUUCCGGGACAUCUGGGUGUUCCAGUUCUGCCUGGUCAUCGCCAGCUGCCAGUACUCGCUGCUCAAGAGUGUUCAGCCUGAUGCUGCGUCCCCUAUGCACGGACACAACUGGAUCAUCGCGUACAGCCGCCCGGUCUACUUCUGCCUGUGCUGUAUGCUGAUCUGGCUUUUUGACCUUGCCAGCCAGAGCAACCACCUCCACCCCAUCAGCCUCUACGGGAUCACUCUCUUCUCGGCCCAGUCCUUCGCUUGCGCCAGGGACGUGGUGGUCGUCUUCACGCUGUGCUUCCCAGUCAUUUUCCUCGUCGGCCUCAUGCCCCAAGCCAACACCUUCUUCAUGUACCUGCUGGAGCAGCUGGACAUGCACGCCUUCGGGGGCACCGCCACAACCAGCCCGGUGUCAGCCCUCUACAGCUUUGUGCGCAGUGUCGUGCUGGCUGCUCUUCUGUACGGAUUCUGCUUUGGUGCUGUGAAGAUUCCAUGGGAGCCCCAGCAUGUGCCUGUUCUGUUCUCAGUGUUCUGUGGUCUUCUAGUCGCCCUGUCGUACCACCUCAGCCGACAGAGCAGCGACCCCACCACCCUCUGGUCCCUGAUCCGGUCCAAGUUCUUCCCUCAACUGGACAAUCGAAACCCGGAGGACCCACUGCUAGAAAUCCAAGAUCCGCUCCCAGCUAAGCUCAGGAGCUCGGUGCGGGAGAUGCUCCACUCGGACCUGGUCAUGUGCCCGGUGAUUGCCAUCAUUACCUUCGCUAUCAGCGCCAGCACUGUGUUCAUUGCACUUCAGCCAGUCCUGAGUUACGUGCUGUACGCCCUGGCUGGCCUGGUCGGCUUCCUGACGCACUACCUCCUGCCACAGCUCCGCAAGCAGCUGCCCUGGUGCUGCCUCUCGCACCCGGUCCUCAAAUCCCGGGAGUACAGCCAGUUCGAGGUCCGAGACGCGGCGCAGCUGAUGUGGUUCGAGAAAGUCUACGCCUGGCUCCAGUGCACAGAGAAGUACUUCAUCUACCCGGCCGUCAUCCUCAGUGCCCUCACCACGGACGCCAGCGCCGUCAGCAGCCGCCACAAGCUGGGCAAAUUCACUGACCCGCUCUUCAUAACGGUGGCGGGCAUGAAACUUCUCCGCUCCUCCUUCUGCUGCCCGUGUCAUCAGUACGUGACCCUCAGCUUCACCGUCCUCUUCUUCCGCUUCGACUACAGCCGCUUUUCCGAGACCUUCCUGCUCGAUUACUACUUCAUGUCCAUCCUCUGUAGCAAGCUCUGGGACCUGCUGUACAAGCUGCGCUUUGUGCUGACGUACAUCGCCCCCUGGCAGAUCACGUGGGGAUCCGCCUUCCACGCCUUCGCCCAGCCCUUCGCUGUACCUCAUUCUGCCAUGCUCUUUGUGCAGGCUGUGCUCUCGGCCCUGGUCUCCACUCCUCUGAACCCCCUCCUCGGCAGUGCCGUCUUCAUCACCUCCUACGCCAGGCCAGUGAAAUUUUGGGAGCGCGAUUACAACACCAAGCGGGUCGAUCACUCCAACACUCGGCUGGCAACCCAGCUGGACCGGAACCCAGGUGCGGACGACAACAACCUCAACUCUAUCUUCUACGAGCACCUGACCCGCUCGCUGCAGCACAGCCUGUGUGGGGACCUGCUCCUGGGACGCUGGGGCAACUACGCCAUGGGCGACUGCUUCAUCCUGGCUUCGGACUACCUCAACGCCCUGGUGCACCUCAUCGAGAUCGGCAACGGAAUCGUCACCUUCCAGCUGCGGGGGUUGGAGUUCCGAGGCACCUACUGUCAGCAGCGAGAGGUGGAGGCCAUCACGGAGGGCGUGGAGGAGGACGAGGGUUGCUGCUGCUGCGAGCCUGGCCACCUGCCCCACAUGCUGUCCUUCAACGCUGCCUUCGGUCAGCGCUGGCUCGCCUGGGAGGUCGCAGCCACCAAGUACGUCCUGGAGGGCUACAGCAUCAGCGACAACAAUGCGGCCUCCAUGCUCCAGGUGUUCGACCUGCGCAAGAUCCUCAUCACCUACUAUGUGAAGAGCAUAGUCUACUACGUGAGCCGCUCGCCAAAGCUGGAAGAAUGGCUGAACAAUGAGGCCAUUCAGGAGGUGCUGCGGCCCUGUUCCAGUCCCGGCUACGCCGACAGCGACCCCACCUUCAACCACAACAUCGACGAGGACUACGACCACCGCAUGCAGGGCAUCUCCUUGGCCUCCUUCUGCAAUGUGUACCUGGACUGGAUCCAGUACUGCGCUGGGCAGCGGGACAAGCCCGUGGAAAGUGACAGGGAUUCCCAGCUCGUCGCCUUGUGUUUCGGGCUCUGCAUCCUGGGCCGCAGAGCGCUGGGGACGGCCUCACACAGCCUAUCGGCCAGCAGCCUAGAGCCGUUCCUGUACGGGCUGCACGCCCUGUUCAAGGGGGAUUUCCGCAUCACCUGCCCGCGGGACGAGUGGGUUUUCGUUGACAUGGAGCUGCUGCAGAAGGUGGUGGCCCCGGGGGUCCGCAUGUCCCUGAAGUUGCAUCAGGACCACUUCACAUCCCCGGAUGAGUACGACGACCCAGCGGUGCUGUACGAGGCCAUUGCCAGCAACGAGGAGAAGAUGGUGAUCUCGCACGAGGGCGACCCGGCCUGGCGCAGUGCCAUCCUCACCAACACGCAGUCGCUGCUGGCCCUGCGGCACGUGAUGGACGACGGCAGCGACGAGUACAAGAUCAUCAUGCUCAACAGGCGUUACCUCAGCUUCCGCGUCAUCAAGGUGAACCGGGAGUGUGUCCGCGGCCUGUGGUCGGGCCAGCAGCAGGAGCUGGUGUUCCUGCGGAACCGGAACCCGGAGCGUGGCAGCAUCCAGAACGCCAAGCAGGCCCUGCGCAACAUGAUCAACUCCUCGUGCGACCAGCCCAUCGGCUACCCCAUCUACGUCUCGCCGCUCACCACCUCGUACGCCGGCCAGCACCGCCAGCUCCGCAGCAUCUGGGGCGAGCCGGUCAGCCUGCGCAGCGUCUCCAGCUGGUUCAUCUCCAGCUGGGAGAGGCUGCAGAAGGGCUGCGGGGCGGGCUGUAACAGUGGGGGCAACGUCGAGGACUCUGACUGCGGAGGGGGCUCCUCAUCGGUCAGCAACAACCCAACAGUGCACGUGACCCACAGCAGCACCUCGCAGAGCGGGCUGGGGGCUUCAAACCCCCAGGGUCCCGUCACCACCAGCCAGCCUCAGUCAGGGAGUGACGCGGGUCCCCAGCUGGGUCCUCCCUGGGCCACCAGGCAGCUCUCGCUGGCGCCCCCGACGGAGCUCCGGCGGGAAGGCGGCCCCCUACAGCGGACCUCCUCCGCCCAGGGCCUGCAGGCCCACCGGCUCUCCUCCAGCCAGCUCUCCUUCGCCAGCUCCCUAGCGGCGCAGGCCGAGCGCUUCGGGCUGGACGGCGCGGGGCCGGGCCGGCUCCUCCACCGGGGCGGCCUCUCCUCCUCCUCCACGGCCGCCGCCACCACCUCCUCCUCCUCCUCGUCCGCCGCCAACCUCCCCAGCGACGGGCCCCCCGGCAAGUGGAGCCUGCCCGUGCGGAGGGGGGCCAGCGGCUCCUUCGCCAGCGACUGGGACACGGGCUGCGGGGCCCUGGGCACGCCGGCCAGAGGAAGCCUACCCAGAACCCAGGCGCCGUGCGACCUCAGCCAAGUCCCCGAAUCGGACGGCUCCUCGCCGCGGUCGGAGCAGGAGCUGGCGGACCUGGCGCCCCAGGUGGGGGUCCCCGAGCUGAGGGAGUGGGAGCCGGAGGCCGUGGCGGUACAGUCGCUGCUGGACCACCAGUUCUGACCGAGCGGAGGUGCCGUUGACUCCCGGAUUCUCGAGCUCCGAUCCCGCACCUCCCUCCCUCUCUUUCCUCGGUCCCUUUUGUGCCUUGCACUUCUGAGAAAUCUUUAAAUUAAAGAUGCGACUGCGUGUGUGCUGAGGACCUCUGAUGGUGCCCGCCGGGGGGGCCAUCCGCGGCGAGAUUUUGCCCACGAGCCAGUGCUGACCAGAACUCCCCUGUCCAGGAUCCUCCCCACCCACCCACCGCUGUAGCUUGGGCUGGUUUCCAAGCCCUGAACCCCCUCCGCCGUGUUGCCCCACCACUGCCACGGAGCCUGAACUGGCUGGGCACAACUCCCGAGCUACGCCAACGUGGAAGGCCCUCCUCGCUUCGUGCUUUCCUCUGCUUCUGGAUGCCGAGCUCACUCCACGCAGUGGAGGCCCAGUGAUGGCAACGGGAGGGAGGGGGUGGCCGGUCUUUCAAUCCGACCUAACUUUGGCCCCUUUCGCGAAAUCCCUCGAGCCUCCCAGCGUCUUGGGCUUGCUAAGCCCGAAGGCCUUGAGUCCCAGCGGUCGUCCCUAUCGGUGCCUCCUGGUGAAGGGGCUGAGCUCCUGGGCAUCAGCAGGACUCCCUUCCAGGCCCGGCUUGGCUGAUCCCGUGUCCGAGUAGUCUCCUGGUGAACGAGUGGUGGGCUCCGGUGAGACGCAGCCUUUCCCCGCUCUGCUCCCGAGUGAGUCCGAGCCCCCCCCAAGGCGUCCCACCCGUUGGAGACGUAGCUCCCAGGAGUUGGGGGGCGGGGGGGACCAGAAUCCAGCAAGGAAUGAACGGGUACCCCCAUCACUGAGAUUAGUGCAAACCAGCGAGUUGAAUCCUUCAGACGGAUCACUGCCCUCCCCUCCAUCCCCCCUUUCCCGGGGUCAUCUAAAAAUGCCCCUUGCGUCAGGGUAAUAGCUUCAGUGAUCCCACCCGAGGCUGGUAAUCUGCGCCCCCCCCCCCCCGGAAGAGUGAUGGUGGACUGGCAUUCAGCUGUGGCUCCUGCGGAGGAUCCCGGACAGCGUCCCCACGUUGUGGGCCAGAAGAGGCGAGGAGGCGGAGCCCCCUGGUCUGAUGGUGCCCUCCCGGCACCCCAACCAGACCGAUCACCACCAGGCACCCCUGGUCAACUGCAGAGUCCUGCACCUUAACCAACGUUCUAGUUGGGAACUGGCGACAGAUUUGUUUUUUUUUUAUAUAAUAUAUGUACUUCGGUUUUGAAUGAACUUUCUUAACAAGAGAAUUGAGCUUUAAAAAAAAUGUUUCUGUUUCUAAUUUAAAAGUUGUUGAUCUCUGAAAUCAGCUGGCGUAUGAUUGCAUCGGAAUUAUCAGCCUUCCCUCCCACUCCUCCACGAGUUUUGUUUUCGCAUUAGCAGCAGGUAUAUUCUCCAGCACAGGCCCUGGCAGUAGCUGAAACUCUAGUAAAGUAUUAAAUUUGUGUGAGGGGAGGGCCACGGGUGGGUGGGGGAAAAUAAAACCUAAUUAUCUAAGGUACGCCUUUGCACGCCAUUUUGUUUCGUGGCGUCUCUCGGCCAUCUUGGUGUUUGCAUUCUAGGUUGCAUCUCGAAUGUUGAUCUUGAAACGGGGUACAGUUCUAGCAGGAAAUCGUGGUGCCGUUUCAGUGGAGCACCUGGGUUUAAAUUAAAAAGUAUUUGAAAUUCCUGUGCGGGUUUACACGUCUGCUUCUGUGGGCCAAUAAUUCCCCUGUGAUUUUUUCUCUCUGUGUCACGUCGCAGUUCAGGCUUUUGGCCACCAGGCGGUGCUGCAGGGUACUUUUCAGAAGCCUCUCUCCCUCUUUUGUGUGGGGGGAGAGGGUGUGGUGUGUUCGCAUCAUGGUUGUUUGCUAUAUAUUAUUGCUAUUUCAGGCAUAGUUAGUAUUGGGCAUUAUCCCUUGCCCUCUCACUGCCCUGGUACACAUUUCCAACAGGUCUGACCCAUUAACUGCCAAGCCCUUCUGUUUAAAAAAAAGCAGCCAGAGGAGAAAUGGAAAUUUGCUUGAGUCAACUGUGGACAAAAUCCACUUUUGCAGACUUUCUUUUUGCUUCCCCCCGCCCCCCCCCGACAAAAGACUCCCCAAAAACAAUAGAGCACAGAAGAUGCUGUGUAGCUCCUUGGAAGAGCGAUCCAAUUAAUUGGCCUGCUCUUUUUCCCCAAUUCCCUGCUAUUAUUUUAACAUACAUCGGUCAAAAUUUACACGGGGCUCUCUCGUGGUUUCACCCUACACAUGAAGUUGAGUAAACUCCAAAGUAAACCACCUUAAACAUGCAGUUUCUGUUCUUUUCAAUCAAAUCGGGUUUAAUUAUGCACAGAUACAGCUGGAUGAGACAGCGUUGCCCUAGGGCCAAGGUGUAAAACGUUCAAAAACAGCGAGCAAACAUUCAAAAAUUGCGUGUAACAUAAUUCAAAAUAUCAGCUGGAAACUGGCGCACGGGGAAUUUAGACUGUGCUCCUGCCUGCAGGUGUGUUGGACAGAGCUCUGCCUAAUCCGUAUCAUGCCUGCCCUCUGUGUGUCUUGACAGGAUAGUGUAGAGGGAGCUUCACUCUGUGUCUAACCAGCACUGUCUCUGCCUGGGGUGUGUGUGAUGUGAUAGUGUAGAGUGAAAGCCCUUUGGCACCAGACUGUGCCAAAUGCAGUCUGGUAACCUGCGCUCUUUCCUGGCACUGCCCAACCCCUUGUGUACUCCAGUAAACUGGCAUCAGAUUAGUAGGGCAUCCCACUAUAAGUGGCUUUAGUGUUAGCACCCAUUAAGCAUGAGGCCAAGCACACAACAGGAUUUCAGAGUUCUACUGGCCCCCUUGCAAUUUACUGAUUAUUUCCUGUUUUCUUUCUCUCCCCCCCCCACCUUCCCUUCUCCCCUCCCUGCCCUACUGCCACCUGUAGUCAGCCCGUAUUCUCUCAGUUGUCACAGCGUUCCCUGGCCUACCCAUCUCCAUCUAAAAGUGACCAGGAGUGCUAGACCACCACCAUUGUGAUUUCUGAAACAGCAAAUACCCCACUUGGGACUACAGUACCGUACCCCCUGUACGUCCCCAUCCUCCACCCCCUUGAAGUCUAAAUCAAACCUGCCGGAUUUCUUGAGAAGUCUGCAUGUUCCUGCCUCUUCCCACCCCCCCCACCCCACCCAUUGUGUGAAUAUUUUCUUUAAUCUCGCCCCACGGGUAAACUAAGGUUAACAUUACACAAUCCUAUGUCAACAGUCACACUGCAGUUCUGAACUCCGGCCACUAGGUGGUGUAUUUUUUUUAAAAAAAAUUCAACCAGGUCAACAGGGACAUUAACCAAGGGGAACAUUGCUGCACAUGUUCUGACAUUUCAGUAUCCAAACUCUAAAUUAUUAAUGAAUAAUUAUUCUAAUGUGAAAAUCUGACGCACACUUCCGCUUUCACCGCACGCAGAGUUGCAUUUGUAAGUUGUACACUGCAGGUCAGUGAUUAUCCUUCAUGUACAACCCCAGCCGCCAGCAUACGCCCCCCGAUGCGCACUCCCCUCUCGUAUCCGCUACCUGUGGCUCGUCCCAGCCAGGAGGGGGAUAGGCGAAUGUGUUAGCCUUGGCAGUUUGCUGGCAAAUUCAGUAGCUCUUCGGUAUCAGAGAGCCAUGGCCUCUGGCGUCCAGUUGGAGAGAGGGGAACAGGGGUUAGCGGCUGGCCCUUUGCCACCCCGUGGCCCAUCCGGUGAGCACCACUGAUGGGUAAUUGGAAUCCUGCGCCCCUGUGCUGAGACUGUCACCCCGUGAGGCAGUCCCACCUCCUCCCCUGGGGUCUGCAGUCUGUCCCCACCACACUACAUAGUAAGGAGGUGCUGGAGCCCCUCCACGCCCUACACUCCUGGGGUGGUAGUGGGGAGAUGUCAUCUUACUCCCUUCCCUGCGGCGGACUCGACCGCAGGGUAGAUCUGCCUCUGCAGAAGAGAGCGCGAGGAGGAGCUGAUCAGUAUGGCCUGCCGCCCUCUCGCUGUGCCCCCUCCUCGUCCAGUGCCACCACCGCCGCCGAGGAGAUGAGACAACUUCUUUAUAACGCUAUCUACCCCUCCAGGCUGCCACCACCCGAGUGGGGGCGGGCUUUGGCCCUCUCAGCCCACCGGCCCAAUCUGCAAAUGACUUUGGCUCCUCGCCGUGACUGUCAGACGUACAACCCACUCGCAAGCCCUCGUGGGAGGGGAGGGGAGGAGCCGAGGCCAGAGGAGAGAAAGGGUGCUGUCCCUGUCCCGGUGUAUGGAGAGUACCUUUGGGACAAUCCCUGAAGAUGCAGACAAUCUUUUUUUGUAAUCAGUGUACAGUCUUGGCAGGGCUUGGUUUGAUCACCUACCACCUAUUUAUAUCCCAAUGAGCUUCUGUCUCAUUUCUCUUUUUGAUUUGUAGAAAUUGAAAUACAAACUUCUGUAAAUAACUUUGGAAGGGAAAAAAAUAUCGUCCUGUAAACUUUGAAAUGGCGACUUGUUUUAUACAGCAUUGUUAAGAGAGCUUGUACACUAUCAGGAAUUGUUCAAACUGUAUUGUAAUAAAAGGUUAUUUCUAAAUUUUAGAA